UUUUCACAUCUAGAUUUACUUUUAGAAUCUAAGUUUAUUCUAAGAAAGGACUUAGAUCUAGAUCUAAUCAUUUUUUCUCUCUGCCAACUUCAGAUUGUCCUGUGGCAGAUGAAAGCUCUGCCAUCAUGGAUGUAAAGCAGAUUCUCUACAGUUGGUGUGGAAAAAGCAAGACUGGAGUGCCAAAUUAUGAAUUUUCAGCAGGGGGACCAAAGCACAGGCAGAGGUUCAAGUGUGAGGUAAGAGUGGAUAGUUUCGACUAUGUUGGCGUUGGCAACUCAACCAGCAAGAAAGAUGCCCAAGCCAAUGCGGCCCGUGACUUCAUCCAGUACCUUGUGCGUCUGGGUCGUAUGAGCGGUGAUGAUGUACCUGCUAGCAUGCUCGCGGGUAGUGUAGCUGAGCAGCAGCAGGAGAAUGCAGCUGCGGCAGUGGAUGGCAACUCUGGUGUGCUGCCGGGCGGGAUGUUGGCGCCACAUCUGCAGGUUGGAGGGGAAGGCAGCAGUAUAGGCGGACCGCCUCGUGAAUACCCAGCCUAUCAGCGUGGACCUCCACAGGAGUACAUGGACCGCAUAGCAGAGAAAAGAAAGCUGGAAGAGUCUGAAGACUGUGACUUCAAUGCUGAGAUUCACGGUAACUGGACGAUGGAAAAUGCCAAGUCUCGCUUGCAUCAGUUCCUGCAGAUGAACAAGAUCAGUGCGGACUACAAGUACCAUGUGAUGGGGCCAGAUCACAACAGGAGCUUUGCAGCAGAGAUGUCGUUCUAUGUGCGGAAAAUAAAUCACAAUGUACAUGCCAGAGAGACUGGCUCCAACAAGCAGAUUGCCUCCAAGUCGUGUGCCCUGUCCUUGGUGAGACAGCUCUACCACAUGAAGGUCAUCGAGGCCAACACGGGGCAGAAGAAGAAGAAGAAUGAGACGGAGCUUCCACCUUACGAGAUGGCCAUCAGUGAAGAGCUGGAGAAUAGUAUUGACCAGUGCUUGAGUCAGUGGGGAGUUGCACCUGUCACUCAUUUCCAGAGAGCCCAGCAGCAGCAACAGCAACAGCAGCAGCAGAGUGCUGAGGACGACUCGGGCCCGGAACCCCUCUCCCUGAUCAACCACCCGACCCUGGAAGAGUUUGACCCGGCCCCGAGGAAAAACACGCCAGGCGUCGUCUCGUGGGCGCCCCCCGUGCCCAACUGGCACCCCUGGAGGAACUGCAACAUCGACGAAGGGCCGAUGGCUACGGCCACGCUGGAGGAGAUCAGCAGAGACUUGUGCAACAACUUGGCCGAACAGUACCAGCAGGAUGAAAAUCUGCAUCGGAUGAUGGAGAAGCGAGCCGGCCUUCCGGUCCACGGCUCACAGGAGUACAUCCUCAACAUGAUCCGACAGAGCCCGGUCACACUCAUCCGUGGAGAGACGGGCUGCGGAAAGACCACUCAGGUCCCACAGUUUAUCUUGGACUAUAUGGUCAAUGCAGGACAAGGUGCCAACUGCAACAUCAUCAUUACCCAGCCAAGACGUAUCAGCGCCGUGUCCAUCGCCGAGCGUGUUGCUGUAGAGAGGUCUGAAAUGUUGGGCACGUCUGUGGGCUACAGCGUCAGGUUCGAGUCCGUGAUGCCGCGGCCGUAUGGAGCUAUCCUCUACUGUACUGUGGGAACCUUACUGCGUCGACUAGAGGGAGGCUUGAGAGGCGUGUCACACGUCAUUGUGGAUGAAAUUCACGAGCGGGACAUCAAUACGGACUUCCUGCUGGUGUUGCUGCGCGAUAUGGUGCGUACGUACCCCGAGCUGCGGGUCAUCCUCAUGUCGGCCACAGUGGACACCACGCUUUUCACUGAAUACUUCGGCCAUGUCUCCGUGGUGGAGGUGUACGGCCGCACCUUCCCCGUGCAAGAGUACUACCUGGAAGACUGUAUAGAGAUGCUCAACUUUGUCCCUCCACCAAGCGACAGAAAGAGGAAGAGCAGAGGAGGAGACGAUGAUGACGAAGAUGGGGGUGAUGACGAUGAGAACUGUAACAAGGUCAUCGGGCCAGGCUAUGCUGAAUCCACAAGGAUGUCAAUGGCUCAGAUCCCAGAGAAAGAAAUCAACUUUGACCUUGUGGAGUCUCUGCUGCGUUAUAUAAAGUCCCUGAAUGUGCCGGGGGCUGUUCUCUUUUUCCUGCCGGGCUGGAACCUCAUCUUCAUGAUGCAGAAACAUCUGGAGCAGACCCCGGAGUUUGGCAGUUCCCGGUACCGCAUCCUCCCCCUCCACUCCUCCAUCCCGCGUGAGGAUCAGAGGAAAGUGUUUGAGCCCGUGCCGGAAGGAGUCACAAAGAUCAUCCUGUCCACAAACAUCGCAGAGACCAGCGUCACCAUCGAUGAUGUCGUCUACGUCAUCGACUCUUGCAAAGUGAAGAUGAAGCUGUUCACCUCCCACAACAACAUGACCAACUACGCCACCGUCUGGGCCAGUAAGACCAACCUGGAGCAGAGGCGGGGCCGAGCGGGCCGUGUCAGGGCCGGAUUUUCCUUCCACCUGUGCAGCAAGGCACGCUUUGCCAAGCUUGAGCAGCACUCGACCCCCGAGAUCUUCCGUACGCCGCUCCACGAGCUGGCCCUGUCCAUCAAGCUGCUUCGUCUGGGACCCAUCGGGGGAUUCCUGGCCAAGGCCGUGGAGCCGCCGCCCAUUGAUGCCAUCAUUGAGGCGGAGGUCAUGUUGAGAGCUAUGAGAGCCCUGGACAGCAAUGAUGAGCUGACCCCCCUGGGCAGACUGCUGGCCAAGAUGCCCAUAGAGCCUCGCUUGGGGAAGAUGAUCAUUUACGGCUGCAUCUUCUAUGUGGGAGAUGCCAUGUGCACCAUCGCGGCCAGCACCACGUUCCCCGAGCCCUUCAUCGUGCCCACGGACCGGCGCCGCCUGGGCUGGGUGCACAAGAACAUGGCGGGCAGUCGGGCCAGCGACCACGUGGCCUUGCUCAACGCCUUCCAGAUGUGGGAGGACGCCAGGUCCGGUGGAGAACAAGCUGAGAUUAGCUUCUGUGAGCACAAAUCGCUGAAUAUGCAAACGCUGCGCAUGACCUGGGAGGCGAAAAACCAGCUGAUAGAGAUCUUGACCAGUGCUGGUUUCCCUGAGGAGAGUCUACUGCCACAGCCGUUUAACUUCACAAGUCCUGACGGCAGGCUGGAUAUUGCCAUCACACUGCUGACCCUGGGCCUGUACCCCAACGUGUGCUACCACAAGGAGAAGCGCAAGGUCCUCACGCAGGAGUCCAAGGCCGCCCUGGUGCACAAGUCCUCCGUCAACUGUAGCAACUUCGCCAUCAACUUCCCUCACCCGUUCUUCAUCUUUGGCGAGAAGAUUCGAACCCGAGCCGUGUCGUGUAAACAGAUGACCAACGUGUCGCCGGUGCAGCUUCUGCUGUUCGGAGCCAGCUCUGUCAAUCUGCAGGGCGAACGGGUAGUCCUGGACAAGUGGAUCAACCUGACCACCAACCCGCUCCAGGCGGCCAAGAUCGUGGCCCUACGGCCGGCCCUGGAGGCGCUGAUCGUGCGGGCCACCAAAGAGCCGGAGCAGGUGGCCACACCCGGCCCCCAGGAGGAGUCUGUCAUGGCAGUGGUCAGGACCUUGUCGCGACCAAUGGCUGGUCGGCACGGCGUCUCGCAGGACGGCGGAGACUUCCAGUCUAUGCGGAGCCGGCCUCCCCCUAAGAUGAUGCGCAUGGACGGGGGCUAUGGAG